CAAUACAACACCGUAGAGGUCUGCAUUCACGCUCCAACUCUCUCCCCACGCCUCACUCUCGGUAUGGCGGACGGCGAGAGGUCCCCGUUGCUAUCAGAUCUGGGAGAUGGUGCUCUUGGCAGCGGUAACGGCGGGGUGUCUCCCGGUGCAGCGCCCUACGGUGUGCCCAACAAACCACAGAACUUCCCUCCGUUCCCCAGCCCGACUCAGCCCUCGGUGCUCCUAGGGGAGGACCCUCCGCCCUACUCCCCUCUCACCUCUCCAGAGAGUGGCAGCGCCCCUGUUAUCACCUGCAGGGUGUGUCAGAGCCUGAUCUCUGUGGAGGGAAAGACCCACCAGCAUGUGGUGAAGUGCGGGGUCUGCAAUGAAGCUACGCCCAUUAAGAAUGCCCCAGCAGGGAAGAAGUACGUUCGCUGCCCCUGCAACUGUCUGCUUAUCUGCAAAGUCACUUCCCAGAGGAUCGCCUGUCCCCGGCCAUAUUGUAAGAGGAUAAUUAAUCUGGGUCCAGUUCAUCCUGGUCCGGCUAGUCCUGACCCCCAGCCAGCCGGAGCCCGCGUCUCCUGUGGACACUGCAGCAACACCUUCCUGUGGACAGAGUUCACAGACCGGACGCUGGCCAGGUGCCCACACUGCAGGAAAGUCUCCUCCAUUGGUCAGAGGUAUCCCCGGAGGCGGAGCUUGUGGUGUUUUCUACUCUGCUUGCUAUUCAGCAUCUCCACCGCUGGCUUGAUGGCUGGAACGUGGGUGAAGGCUCAGACCUACCAGGGGAUCUACGCCUCGUGGGCUGUGCUGCUGCUCCUGGUUCUCGUCACCCUGGCUCGGGCUUUCUACUGGGCCUGCAUGAGGGUCAGCCAGCCCCUCCAGAACUUCACAUAGAGCCCCCUUCCGACAAUGCCGUACCCUCUUCCCAACCCGCCAGGCAGGAGGAAAGAUGGCUUUAAAGAAAAAAAACACCACAAAAAAACAGAAUAUUUAUUUAAAUCCAACUCCAGAAAGAAAAGGUUCUCCUCCUCCUCCUCCUGUCCCUUCCCUUUUAGUCAAACGUGUUUCUAAAACUGGAUGGCGGCGGCUGCGACUGCUAUAUAUCUAUCGGUAAUUAUGAUGAUGCCUAUAGCCUGAUGUACUGUUUAUCUGUUCUAAUCUUGUGGCCAGUGUGGGGUUCAUUUUAACAUAAUGAUUUUUCUUCCUCUCUUUCCCCCUGCGCUGUUUAUACAUUUUUGGAUUUAGUCUGUGGCACAUCUGUUGCACUCUGGCAACUUCUAAGACGAGGGCUUAAAGUUAAGUCUUAGAUGUGAAUAUUGCCCUUGUUUUCGUUUAGGGGGACACUCCUCCUUCAAUCCUAAUUUGACAUUAGGUUUAGUAUUUGAGCGUUUAACAUUUUUUAAACUCAGAAGCAAAUUAUUUUGUAAAAGCGGCGAUGAAGUCAGAUGAAGCUAACAAAUCGAUGCCAGUAGAAGAUGAUCGGCUGGAGGGACAUCAGCCUCCUUUUGUGAAUCAGAAGAUCAAGUAGGUGUUGAGAUGUGUCUGAAAAAUUAAAUUCAGCAGUAUGUGAAGGUAGGCUAUGAUGUUUCUGAACUCAGUGUUUAUGCUGAAUUAUCCCCUGGGACUGACUUUGAUCCAAAGCAGCUUGAAAGCCUUAAAAGGAGGUGUGAUAGAAGGAUUCAACACACACACUCAGACUAACACACACACACACACACACAUAUAGAGCCACAUGAAUGCAUACCAGCACAACAAAAGGAAGGUGCUCUUUUAGAGUUUCAACAGCUCAGAAACCAGUUUGUCGAAAACAUCCCAGCCUCUCUUUUCAAAGACAGACCCGUAAACAGAUUUUCUCCAAACCGUUGUCCUUGUUUCAGCGGAGAAAAAGUGACACGCAUGCCACUUUGCAUGAAAAUAUGGAUAUUUUUUUUCUGGUCCCACAAGAGCGUGACAUCUACAGCUUUUUUUCUUUCCUCCUAACUACAGCCAAAAGGUUUACUUUUCAAAACUCUCUAUCUUUUUAUUAUUUAUUUUCCCAGAAUACCUAAAUGCCGACAUCCAUCUCCAAUUGACAUAUCAUAAACAGCAAAAUGAGGCUUAUAAUAAUAAUCCUGCCUUAUUUGCUCUGACCUUGGUUGGUGUUUUUCUGCUUAGCUUUCUGAAACAGACCAAAAUAUGAAACAAAACAUAUCGAGCCAUUGGCAACAUCUAUAUCUGGCUCCUUAUAACCCAGUGAGUAUAAGGUGUGUUUUGGAAAUGCUUUCUGUUGUAAGUCUUCAUUCAUACAAACUGCACAUGUUUGUCUUGGGAGAGGACCGAGAGCCGAGUCUUCAGGCCUGUCUGUGCUAGCAGAGGUGCAAUCUGUGAAAGCAAAACAACAUGAGCCUAAAUAAAAUACAGUGCUUCGGGCUUUUAUAGCUCCUGAUGGCAAGCCUGCAACUUUGGCAUGCGCUGUACAACUAAGCUCGUCAGAGCUCAGACUGACUGUAAUUGGCACAAAAGCACCAUAUUGCUCAACUCUUUGGGACCAUUCAUGGAGACGAUAUGUUCAGUUUUUGUCUUUGACGAUGAGGGCUGGUCUUGAGCUUUUCUUAUUGGUUGGUUCCAGAUGGUUCUUCACCAUAAGGCCAGUGGAAUAUUUGUAAAAGAGGAAAGCUCUACCUACCACACAAAGCAGUCAGUCUGAAUAGGUCAGUAACACGAACACAAACACACACUACGUACAUUACAUUCUCACUCAGUGUAAGUCCCACAAUGACUCGUCUGUGGUUCUGAAUGUGGUAACAUUUUUUGUUUUGAAUAACGUAUUUUUGUUUUGAUUGUAAAUAUAUUUGUCGUUUCUGUACAAUGGAAGUGACUAAGCCAAUUAUGUUGCACUCCGAGCUUAACACUAAUGCUGUGAUUGCUGCGGACGUUUUAUUUGUUGUUUUUAAGAAGGUUAUUUUUGCAGCUCUUCACCUGUUACGUAUUUAAUCAUUUGAUGAACUACUAACCUAAUAAGCCUCCGGACACCCGGUCGUGUCCGAAUCUUAAACACAAACACAUCAACAUACUCGCACCAACAAAACAUUAUGACCGAAUCACAUUCCCAAGCAAUGACAUACCUCUCUCUCUCUCUCUCUCUCUCUCUCUCUCUCUCUCUCUCUCUCUCUCUCUCUCUCUCUCUCUCUCUCUCUCUCUCUCUCUCUCUCUCUCUCUCUCUCUCUCUCUCUCUCUCUCUCUCUCACACAUACACACACACACACACACACACACACCCCCAGCACCUUAUACAGUAGUGAGAAACACUGCAUACACCAAGUAAGAUGAAAUGACGUUACCUUGCUAGACUGAACUGAGGUCGCAGACAGUUCAUAUGGUGUCAUGUUAUUUAUUAUCCACGCUGCAAAAAAGGCCAAUUUAAAAAAUAAGUCAUUCAUCAAGUCCUAGAAACUUAUUUAUUGUCAAAAAAAAGUCUGUUAUAGAGUGAGAUUAUAUCAUUCUUCAAGACUGGACCAAGGGCAAUUGUUUUUUUCCUUUUUUGAAAUCAAUGCAAUGAUCUGCCAGUUUCGAGUUCCAGCGAGUGCAGUCAUUUCUAAGACUUUGUUGGAAACAAGUUAGAAAAAAAGAUUGUAGGACAGAAUUUAAGAUGACAUGACUUGUGUAAUGAGACCUUUUUUUGCAGUGGAGUGAUCAUGUUUUAUCCAUGACUGCAAAAGAAAUCAAUCAUGUUAAUGCCAAUAAUCAAGAACCUGGCUGAUGCUCUUUUCAGAGUUUGUUUACACACAAAUAAAGACAUGAUGAUGUA